AUGGGUCGCGCUAAAGCUGCAGCCCGGAAUGGUGACAUGAGUGUGAAUGAGUCUGCCGGGACACAAAACACGGUCGACGCGCGGCGCGCGUGCGGCGGGCCGGGGCCGGCGCUCACUGUCGCCCGGGCCGCGGUCACGUGCUGUCACGCCACCGCGCUCCGCCGCCAGUGUCGCCAGUGUCGCCAGUGUCACCAGUGUCGCCAGUGUCGCCAGCGCCGCCAGUGUCGCCAGCGCCGCCUGGUGAAAGGCGGCGCGGCAAUUGCGGGUGGGUGCAUCCAAGAUGGCGGGCGUGCGUUCGGCCGGACGACCGACGCGGUGGGCGGCCGCGCGCUGCGUCGGAACGCUAUCGAUCCACGCCUCCGGCGCCGCGCGCUGCACGGCGGGGUCGGCAUCCAUGAGGCAGGCACCGAGGACGUAACUGCUACUGCUCGAACACAUGGGAGCGUACGCAGGAUUAAGAUUGAGGGGGGUGGGGAUGUUUGUAGAGCCCCUUCGGCUGUUGCUUGCUCUCGAAGUCUUUCCCUUUGUUGGUGGGAAUGAUUGAUUACUUUUUAGGACUUCUUAUGAUGCCCCAAACCCCCCUCCUUCCUAAUACGCAC